CGCGCGCGAUUGUGACGGAUUCGUGGCAUUUUUUACGCCAGCUGAUUAACAAGAUUUCUCAUUUUGUUCGUGAUUAAUGUUAAAUCAAGUAUCGAAGCGACUAUAAAUAACAAAAUUUGUGAAAUUACAGUAGUAAUAACUUACUAAAAUGUCUCUUGAAAAUUUUUCUCCCGCCAACCUCCAGGGGGCACGCUGCCUGUAGACCCGCAUACAGCCCUUAUUUUUUUAAUGUUGUGAACCGUUAUUUAAAUAAAUUAGGAGGUUCUCAUGUGUGUUACUUAAGGACGUUUAAUAAUUUGAGUAAGGGCUUCAGUUUGUAAAUCAACAGCUACAAUGGCCCAAGCAGGUUCUUCCUGUGAUACAGAGGAUAAGAGAUUAAAUUUAAAAAGAAAAAGAAAUUCAACAGAUGAUGAGGUUGAGAACAUGCCUCCCAUGAAACUAUCAUACAAAGAAGCUGAAGAUCUCUUCGAUCAGCCUGGUCAUAAUGUAGUUGUUGAAUCAUCAUCCUGCUCCAGUGAUGAAGAUGGAAGUGCAGAUCAAUCCAAUCAUGUUUAUACGGACAUAGAUUAUAAUGCAGACAGUUUCCUUAGCCCUCCGAGUAUAUCUGACCUACCAAACUGUGUCCUUAGCCCUCUUGAAAAUGUAGCUAGAGGCGAUUCUACUCCACACUCUAAUAAAAGAUCCAGCAGUAAUAAAAUACUGUGUCCAUCACCUCCAAAACGUAAGUGCCCAUUGCCUGGGUUGUCCUGGGCAGACCCAGCUGAUGUGUGGAAAAAUAUGUGUGAAUGUGAUGCCAGGUCUGCCUUGAAGAAGAAUCCCAAUAUGUUUGAUAAUCACCCUAAUCUCCAGCCAAGGAUGAGAGCCAUUUUAUUGGACUGGCUGAAUGAAGUAUGUGCAGUUUAUAAACUUCACCGAGAAACAUUUCACCUGACAGUGGAUUAUAUAGAUAGGUAUCUCUCAAAUACUGCAGACGUGCAAAAAGGAUGUUUGCAGUUAAUAGGUAUAACCUGUUUAUUUAUAGCAGCCAAAAUAGAAGAAGUUUACCCACCAAAGAUUACAGAGUUCGCAUACGUCACAGAUGGCUCGUGUACCACAGAUGAAAUACUUUUAGAGGAACAACUUGUUCUCAAAAUUUUAUCGUGGAGUCUCACACCAAUAACUAUUAAUAGUUGGCUUAAUAUUUACUUACAACUCGCCAGUGAAGGACGCAGCGCGAAAAGAAGACUGAUAGGUGAAAAAGAAGUAGGCAUGAACGCGUUACGGGGCUACACGUUCGUGUUCCCGCAGUAUUCGUCUCUGGAAUUCGUAAUCUGCGGUCAGCUGGUCGACCUCGCCGUGUUGCACGUGGACGUAAAUAAGUUCGCGAAUAGUGCGAUCGCGGCCGCGGCCAUUGCGCACGCGUUUUCACGGGACUUGGCUUUGAGGGUGUCAGGCUACAGCUGGGAAGCGCUGGAGAGCUGCCACCGCUGGAUGUCGGCGUUCGCGGCGGGGGUGAGGGCGGAGGGAGCGGAGUGUGUGGUGCGGGGAGGGGACGGAGAGCACGUGCAGAGGGCGGCAGAGCUCUCGCUCAUCUGCCCCGACCUCAACAUGGACGAGAGCCAUCGCAUCCAGGCGCACAACGUCACCUUGGACAUGUUUGACAAAGUGUUUCAACAGCUGCAAGAACACACGAGCACACAGGACACGGGUUCAUCAUCACAAGAGCACUUGUACCCUCCGACCCCGCCCCAGUCUGAUCACAAAAGCCCCAAAACCCCGGCGUCCAAGACCCCCUCGACGCGGCAUAUUUCCCCCAUACCGGAGAUGAGACUGACUCAAGUGUGACCUAGUGAAGUGUUCAAAGUGACUAAGUGAAAAGUAUAGAGGUAUUUUUCACUAUUUAUUGUUCCUACGUUCCAAAGGGGAAGGACAUUAUUGAAAUGUUUUUUUAUACUAAACUGUAUGUCUUUUCUCAUUCAUAAUAAUGGAAACCAUUUGCUAUUUUAAUUAGAACCAAAUUUAAAAGCUAUUAGUUAAAUCUCAAUUCGCCAUUAACCUUAACAAUGUGCGUAAGUUUCCGCGUGGCAGGGGAAAGCUCGCGUCUUCAGUUAAAAUGAACUUUUGCAUUGCAACAGAAAUAUGAAAUAUUUUGGACACGUUGAUUUAUUUCUAAAAUUAUUAGUAAUGCCUGUUAUGUACUUGUAGACGCGAUUAUAUCCAUAUACCUAUUAUAGUGGAUGCAAAGUUUUCGUUUAGUAUUCACGAGCUGUCCCAACUACCGCGUAUAUUUCUAAUAAAACUGAAUUAUUCAAAGAAAAAAACCAGUCAAGAUAAAUCUAAAUUAGUAAAAACUAACCAUUGACAAUAUUUUGCUUUUUUACAAAAUCUCAUUUCAUCAUUCAUACCAUCUUUUUGGAACUGCAUAUCUUAUAAUUAUCUGUUUGUGCCGAGUAUUUUCGUAAACAUUUGGUAAAGCAAUGGAUAUUACUUAAAUCAGAAGUAAAACUUCUAAUUGAAAACCUGAUAUAGACAUAUUUGCCAAAACAGUUAUUUCUGAAACUGAAUUUUGACGUAGAAUCUUUAUGCCUCGUAAUUAUAAAUCAUUUCUGUACAGAUAUACCUAUGUCAUAACAUUUUUGUUCCACAUAUUUACUCAGAUACAUAGGCUAAGGUACCCUUUGGUAACUAAUGUACAUUUGAUAUCGGCAUAAUAUUGAUUAACAACAUUUUAACUGUACAUUUACUAGUAUUGUUUGUAAAUAACUAGAUAGUAAGAAUUAACUAAUUUGUAAAUUAUAUAAGGUAAUUUAAUAGGUCCAUUAUCUAAUUAAUCAUUAAUAUGGGCUAUGAAGGAUAAUUUCACAAAUUUAAAAGUAUCACAAAAAUUAAAAAUUACAGGUAAAAUUAAUAUUGAAUGGUCUUUUUAAAAAUUAAAGAUAUACCGAAUAUACAGGUAACACGAAGUGAAUACAUUUUCCCGUCUUAAAAUAGCUUAAUGGAAAUUUAAAAAAAAACGUAAAAUGUAUAGUGCAAAAACAGUGUUCUGUUAAGCUAAUUUAGGUCUGAAAAGGUUUGUAAAUAUUUAAAAAACACGAAGCAUAUGUACCUUCAGUGCCCAUAACUUUUGUAGAUAUUU